GUAAUCUCACAGUUUGUCCAAAGGCCCAGAUCAACCCCGUUAAAGCUAGUUUGAGAAGGCUACCGCCAGCACUAUGCCUAUGAUCCUAGGAUAUUGGAAUGUCCGUGGUCUGACACAAUCCAUCCGCAUGCUCCUGGAAUACACAGACUCAAGUUAUGAGGAGAAGAAAUACAAAAUGGGAGACGCUCCUGAUUGUGACCAAAGCCAGUGGCUGAAUGAGAAAUUCAAGCUGGGCCUGGACUUUCCCAAUCUGCCCUACUUAAUUGACGGGUCCCACAAGAUCACUCAGAGCAACGCCAUCCUGCGCUACCUUGCCCGCAAGCACAACCUGUGUGGGGAGACAGAGGAAGAAAAGAUUCGUGUGGACAUUGUGGAGAACCAGGUCAUGGACAACCGCAUGCAGCUCAUCAGACUCUGCUACAACCCUGACUUUGAGAAGCAGAAGCCAGAGUUCUUGAAGACCAUCCCUGAGAAGAUGAAGCUCUACUCUGAGUUCCUGGGCAAGCGGCCAUGGUGUGCAGGGGACAAGAUCACCUAUGUGGAUUUCCUCCUCUAUGAUAUUCUUGACCAGCACCGUAUAUUUCAGCCCCACUCCCUGGAUGCCUUCCCAAACCUGAACGACUACAUGGCCCGCUUUGAGGGCCUGAAGAAGAUAUCUGACUACAUGAAAAGCAGCCGCUUUAUCUACAAACCAUUCUAUGUAUCGCUGGCCUAUUGGAACCCAAAAUAGGACUAUAAAACCCAGACCUCUGGGAAUAUUCAUGACCACCCUGCUGGCUCUGGCUCUUGGCCAUGGCUGUGUGUCCCCACCAAAUAUUGUUUCUGUCUACUUUUUACUCCCAAUUCCUCCAUUUCUUCUUACAAGCCCUUCCUUCAGGCAAGCCUCUGGAUCCUUGGCCUCCCCAUUUCUGCAUCAGUCUCCUGCUCCUAUUCCUUUGCCCUGCCCUGCAUCCAGCCCUUCCUCCUUGCUGCUUGGAGGAAUGUACCAGACCCCAGGAUCCCCAGUAAGGCCUGAGAGAUCAGACCUGCCUGUGUGCUGGCCCUGGUCCUCAGAGUGAGCAACUGAGCCCUGUCUCAUCCCCAGUAAAGUCUGAAUGACAUUUGUU